AUGGACAUAAAGGUCAUACCCCCUAUUCGUUGGAAUGCGUUGCAUGAUAUUAGGACGUUGGGUCCAAAAUUAGUCCAGGAGACAGAGGAUAAUGUCAGAUUGAUUCGUGAUCACUUGAGAGAGGUCUUUGAUAGGCAGAAAUCAUAUGGAGAUCAGAGGAGAAAGGAGAUCGAGUUUGAGGUUAGGGAUCAGGUUUUUCCUGAAGGUAUCUCCGUGGAAGAAUGUGCUGAGAUUAGGACGCAAGGACGAUACUGUUCUGAUCCUGGUCAUGUCAUUCAGAUUGAGGAUGUAGACUUGAGACCAUAUUUGUCUUAUGAGGAGGAACCUGUUCAAAUUUUAGACGGGGACGAGAGAAUUAUUCGGAAUAGGAGGAUCCAAUGGUUAAAGUUCAGACCAACUAAGUUUUGA